AUGUCUGCUAUUGGUAUUGAUCUUGGUACAACAUACUCCUGCGUUGGUGUUUUCCGCCACAACCGUGUCGACAUCCUCGCCAACGAUAUGGGUAACAGAACAACACCUUCUUAUGUCGCAUUCACAGAAGACGAGAGACUCGUCGGUGAUGCUGCUAAGAACCAAGCUGCUAUGAACCCACAGAACACAGUCUUCGAUGCUAAGCGUAUGAUUGGCCGUAAGUUCUCUGAUCCAGUCGUCCAAAAGGAUAUGAAGCACUGGCCAUUCAAGGUCGUCCGCAGUGAUGGCGACCGUCCAAAGAUUGAAGUCCAAUUCAAGGGCGAGACAAAGCAAUUCUUCCCAGAAGAAAUCUCAGCCAUGGUCCUCGGCAAGAUGAAGGAAACAGCUGAGAACAUGCUCUCAGAAAAGAUUACAGAUGCUGUCGUUACAGUUCCAGCUUACUUCAACGAUGGCCAACGUCAGGCUACAAAGGAUGCUGGUGUUAUCGCUGGCCUUAACGUCCUCCGUAUCAUCAACGAGCCAACAGCCGCUGCUAUUGCUUUCGGUCUCAACGAGAAGUCCGAUAAGGAACGCCACGUUCUCAUCUUCGAUCUCGGUGGUGGCACAUUCGAUGUUUCCCUUCUUGAUAUCGAUGGUGGCAUGUUCGAAGUUCGUGCUACAGCUGGUGAUACACACCUUGGUGGUGAAGACUUCGAUUCACGCCUUGUCGAUUACUUCGCUGAUCGUUUCCAGAAGAAGUUCAAGUGCGAUCUGCGCGAAUCACCACGUGCUUUGAGAACACUCAGAACAGCUUGCGAGCGUGCUAAGCGUACAAUCUCUACAGCUGCUAACGCAUCCAUCCUUUGCGAGUCUCUCUACCAGGGCCACGAUUUCCAGGAUACAAUUUCUCGUGCUAUGUUCGAGAACUUGAACGAUGAACUCUUCAGAUCCACACUUGGCCCAGUUGCACAGGUUCUCAAGGAUGCAAAGAUGUCAAAGUCCGAUGUCACAGAUAUCAUUCUUGUCGGUGGUUCAUCACGUAUUCCACGUGUCCAGCAGCUCCUCCAGGAGUUCUUCAACGGCAAGCAGCCAUGCCGUGGUGUCGACCCAGAUGAGGCCGUCGCUUACGGUGCUGCAGUCCAGGCCGCCAUCAUCAAAGGCGAUAACUCCGAGGCAGUCAAGGAUAUCUUACUUCUCGAUGUCGCUCCACUUUCUCUUGGUAUUGAAACAGCUGGCGAAAUCAUGACAGUUUUGAUUCCACGUAACACAACAAUUCCAGCCAAGAAGUCAAACAUCUUCACAACAUUCGCUGAUAACCAGCCAGCAGUUACAAUCAAGGUCUACGAAGGUGAGCGUACAAGAACACGCGACAACAACCUUCUUGGUACAUUCGAUCUCACAGGCAUUCCACCAGCACCACGUGGUGUUCCACAGAUCGAAGUUACAUUCGAUGUCAACGCUGAUGGUAUCAUGAACGUUUCUGCUCAGGAUAAGUCCACAGGUAAUGUCAAGAAGAUCACAAUCAAGAACGACAAGGGCCGUCUUUCCCAGGCAGAUAUCGACCGCAUGGUUUCUGAUGCUGAGAAGUACAAGGCUCAGGAUGAAGAGAUCAAGAAGAAGACAGAGGCAAAGAACGGUCUCGAAGGUUACUGCUUCGGUGUUCGUAACUCUGUCAACGGCGAACUCGGCUCUAAGAUCGAUGCUGCCGACAAAGAUGCCAUCCUCAAGGUUGUCAACGACACACUCGCUUGGAUCGAAUCCAACCAGGACGCUUCUGUCUCUGACUACGAGAACAAGCAGAAGGAUGUCGAAGGCCAGUUGAUGCCACUCAUGCAGAAGGCCUACCAGUCUGCUGCUGGUGGUGCCGGCGGAAUGCCAGGUGGCGUUGACCCAUCUAUGUUCCAGAACAUGGGUGGCGCUGGUGGUGCUGCUCCAGGUGCUGGCCCAUCUGCUGGUGCUCGCCCAUCAGGCUCUGGCCCACGUGUUGAGGAAGUUGAUUAA